AUGGGCCGCGGUCCCACCAUCCAGGGCAAGAAAAACGCCACGGACGCGAAACGCACGGCGACCAAUGCCAAGUUGGCGCGGGAGAUUAUGGUCAUCUCCAAGUCGGUGGGAGGAGACGUGAACAAUGUGCGACUUGUGGCGGCUGUGAACAAGGCCAAGGCCGCCAACAUGCCCAAGGACAAGAUCGAGGCGGCCAUCAAGCGCGGAGUGGAGGGCAAGGACGGUUACAACGCGGAGGCGGUGCUGUACGAGGCCUCGGGUCCUGCCGGCAGCGCGCUGAUGAUUGAGACGCUGACGGACAACAAGCGCCGAACGGCUCCCGCUCUGCGUCACAUCCUGGGCAAGUACAGCGGCGCUCUCGGCACUAACGGCUCGGUGGCCUGGAUGUUCGAGCGCAAGGGCUACCUCGAGAUUGAAUUGCCCACUGAUGGCGAGGACAAGGUCGACGAGGACUCGCUCAUGGAGAUUGCGCUGGAGGCCGGGGCGGAUGAUGUGGAGAUGCGUGAGGGCUUGGCACAAGUCACGUGCGACCCCAGUGAGCUGGCUGCUGUGCGCAAGGGCUUCACGGAGGCCGGGCUGGAGCCGGCCAUCUCCGAGCUCAUCUACAACCCCAAGGAGUUCCUUGACCUGGAGGGCGAGCAGCGUGAGACCUUUGACAAGCUCAUCGACGCCCUCAACGAGGACGAGGACGUGAACCAGAUUCACCACAACGUCAACGAGUAA